AUGCCUUUUUCUAACUCUAAGCCGCCUUCAACGGCGAGUGAUUACAAAACGGACGCCUCGAAUAUUGUCAACCCAACGGGCCGAAGACGGUCGUCAUCUAUCAAACAUGCUCUGAGUAAUAUAAUGAAGACUGUCCCAAGUCAUACACACUCCUCUCGGCCAGGCUCUCAAUCUGGCAAUUCUUCUACCGAUCCAAUCCAAGGGCUUGCGCCACCUGUUUACAGCGCUCAAGAAAAGAUGCCAAGCUCAGGAAAUCCGCAAGUUCACUACGCAACCCACGGUAAUGGAGCUAAUGCCAGUGAAGUUGCAUAUUCAGAUAACAAUGGAAUGGUGCCUUUUAGUGAAGAUGAGUACGAGGAGGCCGAUAAUGAGUCAGAAGAAAUUUACUCUGAAUCGGAGGACCUCCAGAGCCAGUUCAGUGCUUACGGUUCAAAGAGUGUCACCAACCUUCCUACCGGCCGUAGGUAUUUGCUGGAAUACUUGGCAGAAAGAGGAUUUUUGCAACCAAAAAAUUUGAGCACGAAAAGCGACAUCAGUAUGUUUAUGGCCACUUCAUCUGAGGUUGUUUUUCUGCCCACUGUGUCAGCACAAGAGGACGAAUAUCUAGCUCAUUUGGCAUUGCUCAAUGGCUCAGAUUCUAACUUGGAAGAACAUGAUACACCCUCUGGUGUAGCACCUCCCCAGUCGAGCAGUAUUCGGUCAUCUUCUGCGGAUGGCGAAAAUGCCUCCUCUGCGUCUCGCGAUGAAUCAUACUUAGGUGCGGAUGGUAACAAUGUCCUUUUUAAUAUUGCAGUGGUUGCCUCAUUUCAGAGAGUCACCACUCUCACCUCCUUGAGAGCCGAAUUAUAUUCAAGAGUUCGGAUUUAUUGGCAAAAUGGUGUACCGCCUGAAAAGCAAACAAAUGAGGAAUAUUAUACCCUGGGUGAAUUAAGUUGGGAUUUGACAGAAGAGAAUUUUAGUCUUUAUGUCCCACACCACCUUUCGACCAAAAGCAAAAUCAUUGAGAGGUCAGAAAAUUUACCUAAUCCGCACAUCUUCAGGAACAAGAAUAAUAUAUCAGAACAGCCUUAUCUGAGUCGAAAGAGGUCAAACACAGACCUUGUUUCUACUAUAGACUCUUUGAAUAGUGAGCAAACUUUUCAGCCCGGUGAAUAUGUCUUCCUGCUCCCUGUAUUUUUCUCGAGUAAUAUCCCAGAAACCAUAUAUCUACCAUCAGGUAGAGUCAACUACAACUUUCGCUGUGCAGCCAAAAUUUCCCAGGGUUCUUCUGGAAUAGACUCCAGAAGCGAUGUCUCGUCUGCAAAUUCCGUUGUUUCCCGCGGGUCCGAAGACCAUCAGCUGGAGAUCUCAAAUCAUGCUUUAUUUACUGGAAAUAAACUUCUGAGAAAAGUUAGAGAUCAAUUGCAUGGGGGUACUGGCCAAAAAGCAAGUGCCGCAAAAAAAACGCUGAUUAGAGGAGACCAGUCGAUACAAGUAGUACGGAUACCUCCUACAAUCUCCGAAUCUACGGCGGAUAAGCCAAUUUACAUUAAUAGGGUGUGGAAUGAUGCACUAUCUUACGAAGUGUCUCUUUUGAAGAAAUUCGUGCCUAUAGGGAGUGAAAUUCCAAUAAAGAUAAAAUUGGCCCCCAUCAGCAAGGACGUUUCUGUCAAAAGGAUUAAAGUGAGCAUUAUUGAAAAAAUCACAUACGUCUCUAAAAAUCUAGAGUACGAGUUUGACCAAACUGAGUCUAUUUCUAAUGAUCCUUACAAUCCGUAUUACUCUGAGUUUGUUUGCAGGCGCAAACAAGAAAGAAUUAUGCCGCUUUGGGAGAUAAGGUCCAAGGAAAAAGGAAGCAGAGCCAUGCGGGAGGAUAUCAUCGAAAACUGUCGAUCGGAAAAUUUGCUUUCGUUUAUUUCAUGUCCAUCAGAGAGUAAGAAGGAUGCUCUAGUGGACAUCGUCGACCCUCUCACAGUGGAAUCAAAGCUUGUGUUCCCCAGGUUCACGGCUCUAGAUAGAAGGACCUCCAAAAGUGUACCGCCAUAUGGUAUUGAUGAGUUCACGGCGAUACAUCAUCCCCCACCAGGGCCACCUAGUGGUCCAGUUUCGAGAAGGAACAGCACAGCGUCGGGCGUGAUGGGAUUUUUCGCAGGACGUAAAGUCAGCACACCUUUUGCUUCCCGCCGUGGCUCUACUGCAGGUAUGAUGGACCCCCUCAAGCUAAAAACCAGCUUCAGGUCAGGUUCUAACAUGCCAGUACACUCACAUAGCCGUUGCAAUGAGCCAAAGCGUGGAUUAUAUCUGGACUGCGUCAGCUUUAAGAAUAUACACGUUAAGCAUAAAUUAGAAGUGAUGCUACGCAUCAGCAAACCUGAUCCGAAAAAUCCAGGAAGCGAAAAACAUUACGAGGUAUUGAUUGACACACCCAUCUUCAUUGUUUCUCAUCUUUGUGGCAGCUCGAAUAUUGAACUACCAACAUACGACGUAGCAACUCGGCAUGCCAGCAUUUCUGACCUACUCCCCCCAACCUUCGAGCAGGCUGUAUCAGUCCCUGGAUCACCCAGUACUUCACCUCUUGCGUCACCAAUGGACUCGCCAGCCUUUGGCGGGUCAUACGAUCCAGAUGAAGUCUCCAUUCAGCAGCUUUCGCUUUCGAGGCAAGCAACUCGUAAUCAUUCAUCAGAACCUUCAAUACUGAGUGUUCCAGCGGCGGCUGCCCGGCGCUUCAGUACCAUUGACGGUUUAAUGCAUGUUCCAAUGGCUGACACAGCCCCCGGAAUUUUCAGAGAAGGUUUUGGAUUCCGCCAUACUGGUACGAACUCGAGGCAUGGGACUCCGGGGGAAGAUGAAGAGCCACCCAAAUAUGAGGGUUGA